AUGAUUACCCCUGUUGUUCGGCGCAUUUCAGAAUGUUUCGUUAAACCAAAUGGUUUAAACCAUGUGUCAAACCAAAUCUGUUAUUUAACACCUUGGGAUAUUGCUAAGUUAUCCACGCACUAUAUCCAAAAGGGUCUACUGUUCCAAAAACCUGCAACACUUGUUGAUCAGCAUGAUUUCAUAGAGAAUCUGUUGGAGAAGCUCAAGCACUCUCUUUCCCUCACCCUCUUUCAUUUCUAUCCAUUGUCUGGUCGUCUUGUCACCACCAAAACCCAAAACCCUCCGUCCUACGCUGUUUUUAUUGAUUGUAACAACAGUGAUGGAGCUAGAUUCAUCUAUGCAACUUUGGAUUUGACCAUAUCUGACAUCCUCUCCCCCAUUGACGUCCCACCCAUUUUUCAAUCCUUCUUUGACCACAACCACGAUGGUCACACCAUGCCGUUGUUGUCCAUCCAAGUCACUGAAUUAGUUGAUGGUGUUUUCAUAGGUUGUUCCAUGAAUCACGCUGUCGGCGAUGGCACUUCGUAUUGGAAUUUCUUCAAUACAUGGUCUCAGAUCUUCCAAGCUGAACCCCAGGCCGAUGAAUAUGGUGUUCCCGUCCUACGCCAACCUAUUCACAACCGCUGGUUUCCAAACGAUUGCAAUCCACCAAUCAAUCUUCCUUUCAAACAUCAUGACGAGUUUAUCAGCAGAUUUGAAGCACCCUUCUUGAGAGAGAGAAUCUUCCAUUUUUCAGCAGAGUCUAUUGGAAAACUGAAAGCAAAGGCAAACUCGGAGUCCAACAGUAAUACCACGAAAAUCUCUUCAUUCCAGUCAUUAUCAGCACUUGUUUGGAGAUCCAUAACUCGUGCAUGCUCCCUACCAUAUGAGCGAAGAACAAGUUGCAGGUUAGCUGCAAACAAUCGAUCAAGAAUGGAACCGCCUCUACCUCAUGAAUACUUUGGAAACUCAGUUCAUCAGGUGAGUGCCGAAACGACAGUAGGGGAAUUACUGGAGAAUGAUCUCGGAUGGGCAGCGUGGAAGUUGCACCUGGCUGUUACAUGGCACAAUGACAGAGAGGUGUUGCAAUCACUCCAAGAGUGGUUGCAGUCUCCAGUCAUCAACCAACUUGGUCAGCCCAUGGACCCGUACGUUGUGCUCAUAAGUAGCUCACCCAGGUUCAACAUGUAUGGGAAUGAGUUUGGAAUGGAGAAAGCAGUGGCUGUUAGAAGUGGUUAUGCCAACAAAUUUGAUGGGAAGGUGACAUCAUAUCCAGGUCGUGAAGGAGGGGGAAGCAUCGAUUUGGAAGUUUGCCUUUUACCACAUAUAAUGAGCGCACUGGAAUCAGACACGGAGUUUAUGAAUGCAGUUUCGGUUUUCAAUUCCUUACAAUAG